CCGCUUUCGUUCUAUAUAUGAAUGUUAGCAAUGAUGAAUGAUGCAAAGAAACAGAAAUCAUUGAGGAAACGUAGAGUUGUGGAAUGUGAUCACCGCAACAAGGACACGCUGGAAUGGGUGUCGGCCAACUACAUCGUGUCGCCGGGCGUGUGCCUUCCCCGGUGCACCUUGUACCAGCAUUACCUGGACCACUGCCGCAGGAGCUCGAAACCGCCGAUGGGAGCCGCGGCAUUCGGCAAGCUCAUACGACAGAAGUUCCCGGCAGUUACGACAAGGAGGCUCGGAACGAGGGGGCAGUCGCGGUAUCACUAUUACGGUAUAGGCCUAAAGCCGACGUCCUUCUACUACGAUCAGGCGUACUGCGGCAAGGACAUUACAAGGUUCUCGGGUCAGAAGGUCAAGUGCAUUGAGGGAGAGCAGAUCAAACAACCAGCGCCUUGCACAAGCCGCAAGAAAUGGAUGUUUAUUCCUGACGUUCGAGAUUUGAGCCCUACAGAGACUGUCGAUUUGACAAAGGCGGAGGGCUUCCUGUCCAUGUACCGUGCACACUGUUGCAGCCUUCUUGAUGCCAUCCUGAUAGCUGACUUCAAAGCAGUUCAAGAUAUGGUACUUCACUUCUGGAGCAGCCUUCAGGAAGUGUUCUUGUCGUUGCUUCACAGUGCCAUUGUAUGUGACAUUGUAUCCGUGUGGGACGACUACCUCUACGCGGCAAUGCAAGAGAUUCUGACUCCCAGAGAGAUUCAGGAGCUACCGCAAAGUUUUCAACAGGAACUCAGCCUUUUCACAAGUCAGCUUCCCGACUGGCUGCGCAGUGUAAUUCCAGCUUCGCUAUUACUUCAAACAAAGAUCAGAGUUCUUCAGGAGUGGACCAAGGUUUUCAAGCGACAGAUGUCGUUCACAAAGCUGGCGCAGUCAUGUCGAAGUGUGCUAUCGAAUGCCUGCUACACGCAAAACAUGUUGGACGACUUGAGCAAGCUUGUAAUGGAUGAAACCGUCGAAGAAGCCUUCGCCUGCCUUCAGAAUGGCAGAACGGCAUCUGCCAUGGGAGUUGCUGAGUUGCUCUCGCUAUUGAAGAAGCACGCCUCGGUUGAAGACCUGACUGAAUGGAUGGACAUGGCUCUCGACAAUGCCGCCACCGAGGCAGGACAUAGCGGCACGAUGCAUUGUCGCAGCGUUAUAUACAAGGACUUCAUGCUUUCCUGGAUGCUGCUUUUCUCAGCCAUCAUGCGGCACUUGACCUUGUCCCGGGCUCAGAGCUUUGGUCAUGUCCACAUGUUACGCGUCAUGAUAGAGGAGUACAUGCUACUCGCCUUCGAGACGUCUGUUGGCAAAGAAUCUAGACUCCAAAGGCAGGAGAAACUGUUAACGUGGGCCAAGGAUCCAGAUGCUGUGCGCACCGGAAUGGCAACGUCGUACGCGGCUCUGAUUUUUCAGCGUGCAUGCUGAAUUCGUCGAACUCACUUCAGCAAUGUUGCUGUUUUAAAUAAAGGUAU